UUUGCUGCCUGCAGGACAUACGACAGCUCUUGACACAGCGCAGUCGUCUUGCUAUACGCGUAUACAGCGCAUAUAAACUUCUUCUCUAUAGUAGGGCUUCCCCCUGUUGUUCUUCUCGACCCUUCAGCAUGUCUCGUGGCGGCGGCACGACGCUUUACGUUACCGGUUUUGGCCACGGCACUCGAGCCCGAGAACUCGCCUACGAAUUCGAACGAUAUGGGCGCCUCGUGAGAUGCGAUAUCCCAGCUCCCAGGACAGCUUCAAGCCGACUCUUUGCCUUCGUGGAAUAUGAGAGCCGUCGCGAUGCUGACGACGCUUACCAUGAAAUGCACAACAAGCGCAUCGGCCGUGAUGACGUUUUGAAGAUUGAGUGGGCUCGCACUCCGCCAUCCGCAUCAUGGCGCUUCGAUUCCGGGCGUGACCGUCGUCGGGAGCGCACUCCACCACGCCGCAGCCACCGCUCUCCAUCCCCACGACGAGGCCGCGACUACUCGCCACGGAAGGACGACCGCCGUGACCGUGACUUUGAUCGUCGUGAUAGAGACCGUUCUCGCAGCCCUGACGACCGUGAGCGUGAGCGUGACCGGGAUAGAGAUAACCGGGAUGACCGUGAACGCCGCGAAAGUGAGCGUGAGAACGGUACCACUAAUGGAGAUGAAAGGAAAGUUCCCAUGGAUUCUCCUCCCCCAGCACAUGACGAGUUGGACACUGCUGAGUAGGUCAAUCGCCAAGUUGCGAAGCUCCCCCCUUUUCCGUCUUAAUGUCGGAAAGCCGUAUCUUUCGCCCUUCAGAAAUCGCCGAUUUAUGUUAGUCCGCACGGGAGUGAGGAACUAGUUGCUAUACUGGGUAGUAUCCCUCUACUCCGACAGUUAACCCUCCUCACAGGUCAUGACUUCCCUCCCGUUCUAUUACCUCGGUUCUUUAUCCUUAAUCUCCUUUUCUUCGUUCGUGCUUGCAUGUUCUUCUUUCUAUUCGUUAUUUUUAGUGGGCAACUGGGUCUUCUUGCGAUGUAUAAACACCUUUUAUCAGCGUUAGGUAAAAUCUAUCUUAGAGCUCUAUGGCGUCCUUUCUUUUAACCAUAACCUUGAGAGACAGGUUUUAACAGGUUGGUGGUGUAUCCUUGCUCAAGCCAUGCUGGCAGACUCGUGCUAGCUCCACUAAACAUCUAAUUCGCGACUAUCAAUACAAGUUUCAUUUGUUGA